UUGAACGAGACUUACGCGUGACCAAUUCAAAAGUCAGUGAGCUUUUCAGCUUCAGGUUUAUUAAUUUAACUCUUUAGAAAUUGCUGUUCUCGUUUCAGGAGAUCCAAAUUGAAAGAGAUGUCUUUGCCGGGGAAAUGGGAAGAUUGCAGGAGGUAAUCAAGCAUCUCAAGAAGUCACAGCAACGACUGAGCAAAGAAAACAAGGAGAUCAAUUACAUGAAAGACAAGAACAAGAUACUCGAACUUGCAAACGAGCGGCUUCAUGCCUCCAUCCAGGUAUUCGACCUUCCUGUCUUUAGGAGUGUAAAGUUCUUGAUUCUGUAGGCUCUACAAGGCUCUGUCACAAAAGCCAACGAGGACAUGGAUGCAAGCAAGCAGGCAGCAGAAUCGGCAACGCAAGAGGCAAAAGAAAUGACCAGGCUUUAUGACAGAAUUAUGGAGCACAAGAGUUGCCUCGAAAAACUGGUCGAUAUGGAGAAAGCCAGCAAGGAGAAGGUAGAAAGGAGAACGCUCACUUUGUCAGCAUUGAUAACAAGGACGGAGAAGCAGCUGAUGGAACUCGCUAGAAAAGGUGUUCCUAUACCUGGACUUAAGCUGAGAGGUGGAGGAGCAGAUGAUCCUUACUACAACGUUGUGUAUAGAAGUGAAGGUGCUGGUGACGCGGUUACUCAGGUCGCGGUGGAUCAAGGGUGCCAGACAUCUUCUCACUCAGCCAAGCCAGCAGCUGUUCCAAGAUGCCGGAGCGCCAGCCCGGUGGUGCCAAAACUCAACCUUGGAAAGCUCUCGGCCUCGGAUGUAUGUGAGAAGCCCAAACCAAAUACUGUUGUUCCAGUGCCGCCGGAGGUAGCGUCCAAGUCGUCCAAGUCCUCAAAGUCCUCCAAGAAGUCUUCGAAGUCUUCGAAGGCAUCGAAAAAGAAGACUAGAGGUUCACCGUCACCAGAACCUUAUUCAAGACCACCGUCGCGUCUGGCUUUCACUUCCGAGGCUUCAGUGCCUGCGAGUUUGCCUCAGCCAAAUGAAAGUUUUCCUUCAGCUCCAGGACCACCACCACCAGCAGCACUAGCGGCAGAAGCAGCAGCAGCACCACCGCCACCAGCACCAGUGGCAACAGUAGCAGCAGCACCACCACCACCAGCGGUAGCUCCUCCUGUUGCGACAGCAACAAUAGCUGCACAAGCUUCACCACCAGCAGUAUCUCCUGCCGCUGCUCCAUCAUCAGACCGAGAGAUCCAUCGUGUGAAGAACGAAUCCAGAAAGCUGGAGACAGUCACAGAAGAGAUGGAAGUCACCGUCCAGAGCUACAACGACAAGCGGCCAAGCACAAGCUUGGGCGACAGGCGGCAGCAACUUAGAAGCAACGAGACGAGCACAAGCUCCAGCAGCUACUUCAACUCAAUGGGCAAGAACAAGCAACGGAUGCUGGAAAUUCGAUCGCAGCGAGACCAGGAGUGCCUUGCGUGGCUUCGAACGUUGGAAGUUCCUGAAGAACAGGCCGCCGAAAAUGUGAGAGCCACCACGACCGCUACCACAACGUUGGAACAGCCUUGCCGGAGCCGGGCACCACCGAAGCCAGACGUGGUCUUUGCGGAGGACACCUUACAGAUGACUCAGUUAACCAGACCGGCUUUCAAGUUUCCCACUAGACCAGGUAACCGACGUGUUUGGCGACAACAGCAUCCUCCAUAGCUCCACAGCUGGGCGAUUCUUGG